AAAUAAACGCAUCAUGAUCCCACCACUUGUCUCUCCUAAGCAACAGAAUAUGGAAGCUAUACUACUGAUCCCAUCGUCGCCACUAAGGUUCCACCCAUUGAGGACAUCAUCACAAAGGAUCGCUACCGGAACGUCCAAGAGAAGACGAGCUUCGACCACCGUGUAUGCUGACUACUACCGGGGAGGAAGAACGGUGGACGAGAACAUGGUUGUCCUUAGGAAACGUAUCCACGAGAUGAAGAUGGUUGAGCGAAACUAUGAACCUCCUUCUCACUGGAUGCAAUGGGAGAAGCGUUUCUAUUGCAACUACGACGCUACUAUAUGCGACGCUCUCUCUCUUCUCCAAUCUUUUCUCAUGAACUCUCGUCCCAGCGUGGCGUUUGGGACGAUGCUUCUUCUCUUUGUCAGCGUUCCCGUCUCUUCCGCAGUUUUUGCGUUGCGCAUCCUAGAUUUAGCUUUUUGGCUUUUGAACGCCGCUCACGUAGUAUGAUCCGUUAAUCUUAUAUAUAUCAUCUUUUGUUAUUUUAUCUCGUAAGUUGUGAUUAAGUAUUUAAUUUCAAAAAUUAUAGAAAGAAAUACUUAUUUUUCAAUAUACAUUGAGAAUCCUAAGAUAAUGUAUCUGGAUGUUUAUUUAAAAAAUCAUGCACAAUUUGUUUUCA